AUGUCUUCCUACGGUGAUAAGGCGUAUGAGGAAUAUCUGAUGCGACGUGAACGAGAACAACGCAGCAAUAUUGCGACGCCAUAUAAGAAAUCCACGAGAUCCAAGCCAAAUUCUCAGCAGCCACAGAAUGCAACAUUGUCAGAGGAAAAACGCGUUCAACUCAAAGGAGAUGGUAGUUAUGACAUACCAAAUAAUGUGUAUCACUCUUCUGGAUAUGCUUCAAGACAAUCUGAACUGGGCGAAGAUCCAGUCUCCACUGUGCGCACAUUACGUACGCAGCUUCGUCGUAUGGCUGUUAGAUGCCAGGAGGAGGACGCACCUGUAAAGGCACAUCUCUGCGAGAAAGCCUGCGAUCGCCUCACGGGAGUCGAAGCAGAACUUAUGUCUCUAGGUCGUCAGAAAACAAGUGCCAUCCUGAGCGGUGAUACGAAAAAAGCUGAUUUGCUGAGUAUCAAGAUGGAGAAGCUCAAGGAAGAUGCCGUCAGGGACACCUAUUCGGACCUAGUUAUGGAUAAGGAGGAAAUGAAGGCUUUUGGCGUGAAUUCUGAAUGGACACCGGUGAAACGACCUGAGCAACAAAAGCCAUCUACACCUGUCCCGCCUCCUCCCAAACAAAAGAAGCCGAAACCUGCACCGAUCACAAUUAAAACGCAGACCGAAGCUCUUGAAGCCCCUCCAAUAGUAGAAAAAAUAGAAGAAAUGCCUGAAUCUCCUUCACCGCGUGAUGUGAAGCGAAAUGCCCGACUAUCUGCCAUUCUAGCUGCUGCCAAGCCUGAUCAAGUUGAGCAGUCUGCUCAGCCAUAUGACAAUCCGUACUCGCUUCCAGAUAAAACUGGGACAUGUCAGUUUUGUGGUGUAACGGCACCAGACCUCGGGAUACCUAGUCGUUUGGAAUAUCACUACAAGACGUCCUGCCUCUUGAUGACUAGAUGCCGGUUCUGUUCAAAGGUUGUACUGACUCCCCAGCUCGACGAUCACAUUAUAAAUCGUUGUCCAUUUGUUCUGGGAAAUAUGGUACCAUGUAGCGCUUGUGGUAUGGCUACAGACGCGACUGAUGAUGCUAAUGGUGUAGGACAUCCGAUGUGUAGAGGAAGACUUCCACCCAGUGGCGCUCGUUGGUGUCCAUUAUGCGCAGUUGCUGUUGACGACAACAAAGAGGCCUGGAAAACCCACUUGUCUAAGCAAUGCUAUAACAAUCCUAGAAGAAGUGGACCUGAUCUAGAAUUGGAUAUCGCGCCGCAGAUCCCGGAAAAGAAAACUCGUCCAAAUUCGUCAAAAUCGACAAAGGCUGUCAGCGGCGCCCGAUUGAUAGAUGCCGAUAAACUUGUGGCAGCCUUACAGGAGGUGCAAUUACGUAAAAAGCAAGAAUCAAAAAAGAAGGCACCGGUGCCUGAGAAAGAAGAGACAGGAACAGCAUCGACGAAAUGA